UCGUACCGUUGUCCUCUUCCAAUUCACGGGCGUGUGAUAGCCUAAGUGUGCCACCGCGCGUCAGUGAAGAUCCUGUACAUCAGUGAUUCACGGACGAGAGUCACAUGCACAACAAUGAAGGGUUCUCGGGUACAAUUACUGCCGCUAGUGUGAUGAUAGCCCACGGUGGGCCAAUGAAUAAUCAUAGUGCGUGACUAGUAGAUUUGCUCUGAGCGUCUGCCGCUCAACUGCUCAGUCGCCGCCAUGCCGCUGCCAGUAACCUACGAGAAAGUCCCUGAAGGGAACAGCUGUAUGCUGUCGACAUUGACUGAGGUCCCAGUCAUCGAGUUGGGCUCGCACACCCUCAAGCUAGAGGUACAUGAGCCCUCUCCAGAACUGCUGGAGAAGGCGAGGAAGGAGCUAAGGGAGACUCCAGACCUUGCCAGCCAGAGCAUUGCCACACUCCAGGACCUGAUUAAGGAGGAUGCUGAACUGACUGCUCCCGUUGACAAUGUAGCCUGGUUGACGAGGUUUCUCAGACCAACCAAGUUCUACCCUGAGAGUGCCUAUACCCUCGUUAAAAACUAUUACUCCUUCAAGGUGAAACAUAAGAACAUGUACGAUGGCCUGGUUCCAUCCAAGGAGAAGAACAUCUUCGACCAUGACAUCCUGACAGUGUUACCCAUGAGGGACCAGGAUGGCAGGAGGAUAUUGGUCAUCCAGUUGGGAAAGAAGUGGAAGCACAACAAGUGUUCGCUCGACGAGGUGUUCAAGGGAGCGGUUCUGUUCAUGGAGGCUGCGAUGUUGGAACCAGAGACUCAGAUCAGUGGAGCGGAAGUCAUCUUUGACAUGGACGGUCUGACGUUACAGCAGACAUGGCAGUUCACUCCUCCCUUCGCGAAGCGGAUCGUUGACUGGCUGCAGGACAGUGUACCACUCAGGAUUAAAGGAAUCCACAUAGUCAAUCAGCCCUACAUAUUCAACAUGGUGUUUGCUCUCUUCAAGCCCUUCCUGCGAGAUAAGCUUAGGAAUAGGAUCUACUUCCACGGCACGGAUCGCAACUCUCUACAUAAGCACUUGUCUCCCAAGUACCUCCCAGAGUGUUACGGUGGAUCCUCCUCAGUCGUACGUGUCUCUGGCCCAGAGUGGUACGAGCUCCUUCUACGCCUUGAGAAGGAAUAUGAAGCCAUAAACUCCUACGGUUACAAGAAAGUGGCCAAGAAAUAGUGUGAGAUACAGUGAGUGCAUGAAGUUCCUUUCACCAAGAAGUGCCUCUCUAUACAGGGUCAAUAACUGUCACAAUUAAGUCUAAAGAUAAUUCCUGUAAAACUCAAAUAAAAUUUACUUAAUUUAUAGAAUGUAGAUAUAAUACAUUAUGCUCAUGCUGUAUUGUAAGUUAACACAUAUUUAUUGUGUAAGCAUAUUUAUCAGCAUAUGGUUUAGACUAGAAUUCUGUGAUUACACAUCCCUCUGUUUCUUUCACUUUAAAAUUCGAUUUAAAGAAGUGUAUUGUUAAAUAAAAACACCUUUAUUAUUUAUUCAUCUGAAGUAUAUUAUACUUAACUAUAACAUACUUAAAGUGCACUAAUUAAAACUGCAAAGCAGUCACACAAAUAGUCUGAAAAUAAUGUAUAGUUUUAAAUAAACUUAAUCCAUCUUUCUCUUAUUUACGUAAUGGAAAAUUAGAUAUUUUUCUCAAUUUGAACGAAAUAAUAUCCAUUUAUUCUAAUAUAUCAUUCACUAUUAAUUUUACAAAAAAACAAGUUUUAUUUUGAAAUAAUAGAUUAUUGAUAUCAAUACAUAAUCCCUGUUUCGUUUGAAUUUUAAUGUAAAAACCAUUACGUUAGGUAACUGUAAAUUUAGCUUUCUUGACUUGUUUAGUUUUAGUACUAUAUAUAACGACUUAUUAUUUAUUGCACCAAUAUUUUGCUCAAACUAAUGUUUGUACUUGUUUUUUAUAUACAUCGAGUAUUAUUUUGUUAUAGAUGUAUGGACUUAUUCUAAGUUGUUAUGUUACCUCUGUACAAUGGUCAAGGUUACUAAUUAUAAAAUGAUGUAUGUUUAUU